GAUUACGAAGCAUGGCCUUCCUGUUACUGAAAUAGCUCCACGGAGGAGAAAAACGACUGCACGCGACCCUCGCCUGUUUUUCAAAACUUAGUGGAAAUAGAGACGCGCUGCGCGGAGAGGCAUUGUCUGCCAUGGACCGUCCGCGAGAUAGCCCGAGAUUGCUCACGUGCGGGGAUUUUAGGCUUACAGCCCUCCGUUCUGCACACCCGUGCAAUGCCACUUUAUUCACUUCGCCUUGCAGAUUAGCGUGGGAAACCGUGCUUAUGCAUCCCACUGUGAUUGCAGUCUAUGCAAUUUUACGCUGGGGCUUGAAAAACUGAACCUUUUUUUUUUUUUUUUUUUUGGAACUAAGUGACGAUCUGCGCUGAACUUUCCAUCUAACAUAUUUUGGAGAAAAUGCGCGAAGGACAGAGAACGUGGCCAAAAUGGAUCUGACCCCCGCGACUCACAUUGCGCCCAACUCCUCCGGCGUCGCCAACGGCACCAGCACCCCGAGCUCCUCGCCUCACUCGCCGGCGGCCGCCGCGUUCAUAAUCCUGGUUGUCAGCACUAUUAUUUCGGUGACAAUAGUGGGCAACGUGCUGGUGGUGGUCGCCGUGUUCACCAGCCGCGCUCUCCGCGCGCCGCAGAAUCUUUUUUUGGUUUCCCUGGCGUCCGCGGACAUCCUGGUGGCCACGCUGGUCAUCCCGUUCUCCCUGGCGAACGAGGUCAUGGGGUAUUGGUACUUCGGGACUACGUGGUGCGCGUUCUACCUCGCGCUGGACGUCCUCUUCUGCACGUCGUCCAUCGUCCACCUCUGCGCGAUCAGCCUGGACAGGUACUGGUCGGUGACCAAGGCCGUCAGCUACAACCUGAAAAGGACUCCUAAGCGAAUCAAGUCCAUGAUCGCCGUGGUGUGGAUCAUAUCGGCGGUUAUCUCUUUCCCACCCCUGAUUAUGACGGAGCACAACGAGCAAGAAUGCUUGCUGAACAACGAGACGUGGUACAUCCUCUCCUCGUGCCUGGUAUCAUUCUUCGCCCCGGGCGUGAUUAUGAUUCUGGUAUACUGCAAGAUUUACAGGGUGGCCAAACAGCGGUCCUCCACGGUGUUUGUCGCAAAAAAUGGUCUGGAAAGGCAGCCCUCGCAGUCGGAGACGUGUUUCGUGCGCAAGGAUAAGUUUGAGACGGAGAGCCCGAGCAGCCAGAGCUCGGGAAGCAACCAGCGGCAGGAGGAGCUGGACGAUAUCGACCUGGAGGAGAGCUGCGCGUCGGACAGCAAACCCAGGAAUUUGCGCUUUUCCAAACGGAGGAAAGUGGAAGGGUCGAACUGCUGCCCGAAACAGGGCUGCCGCGUGUCGUGGGCUUCCAGUCGACCCGCGCAGCUGUUCCAGGAGCAGAAUACGAGGCAGCAGGCUAUUUCCAAAACAAAAGUGGCGCAGAUGCGCGAAAAGCGCUUCACCUUCGUCCUGGCGGUGGUGAUGGGGGUAUUCGUUCUCUGCUGGUUCCCGUUCUUCUUCACGUACAGUCUGCACGCGAUAUGCAGGGAAAGUUGCACAAUUCCAGACGCUCUUUUCGACCUCUUCUUCUGGAUUGGUUACUGCAAUAGUUCAGUGAAUCCAAUUAUUUAUACAAUUUUUAACCGGGAUUUCCGAAAAGCAUUUAAGAAAAUAAUAUGCAGGACUGCAAAACGAACUUAAGGGGAAGUUUCACUGUGUUGUGUUAUAAGUUGUGAUACUCCAUUGCUUAUUUAAAGGUAUUUUUGUCCUCGAACCAUUUGUUCCGUAUUUAUAACUUUUUCAGUGUGUAAAUAAUAACUUGAUUUGAACACAGCAAAAAAACAAACAAAAAUAAAAACACCUGGUGUUGUGCGCAAUUCCGCGGAUAUUCAACAGGACAAAUGUCGUCGAAUACAAACAAAGCCAUUAACAAAAACAUUUUGUGACGUUGUCAUUGUGAAAUUACGAAAGUGCAAUGCGUUAUUUUCAACGUGCUUACAAAAUUAUAUACUUGGCUUGUCAGUCGCCUUAAAACAUUCUGUGAAAGUUAUUUUUCAAACGGGCAAUUUUAAAUUAUUCUGUCGUAUGCCUUAUGUUAUUCGUUAAAAGAACAUGUCUCAUGAAUAAAAUAAUUCAAUUAA